AUGUCUCUCGCGCAACAUGUCACUGCGAUUGAAGGCGUCGACCGAGAAGAUCCACCACAGCAGAUUGAGACUGACGAGGAGCUCUUUAGCGAGCCGCGUUGGCGCCGUCUGAGCUUCGAUGCUUUCGCGCCGAUCGAGCAUUCGGCUAUUCCAGACCCUGACCUCGUCCCGCACGUAGCGGCUUAUAAGAUCUCACCGGCGAGACGUGUUGCUCAGAUAUCAUUCGCCGUUGUUGUCUGCUGUCUCGCAUCUGGUAUUGUCUUUGGCUUUGCGUCUCUCAAGCCAGUCCUCAUUGCUGAAGGUGUAUACCGGGACCUUUGCCCUAUAACCAUUCCAGAAGAUGGCGAAGAUCCAUCCGAGGUUCCUUGUACAGAGCAAGAUCUGCGAUUGAAUCUUUUUUUCAUUGCUGCGUCCAUUACCUGUAACGUCUCAUCAUUGUUUGCUGGAUCGGUCCUGGAUCGAUUUGGUAGACGUGUUUGCUAUGUCGCCUCUUCCAUUUUCAUCGCAGUCGGCUGCUUGCUCAUGGGAUAUGCGUUCGCAAUCCCUGAGUUUGACGGCUACCUAGUUGGUAAUAUCUUUUUGGGACUGGGUGGCACAUUUCUCUUCGUCCCCAGUUUCCAACUUGCCAAUGCUUUCCCCAAACACAGUGGACUAGUUGUCGCCGUGAUCACCGGUGCUUUCGAUGCUUCAGCAGCUGUGUUUUUAUUCUAUCGCUUGGCUUGGGAAGCUACCGAGCAUCGUUUUGAGCCCGCCCAUUUUUUUUUCCUCUUCCUGAUUGUGCCUGUGGUUGUCCUGGUAGGAGAAUUCGCAUUGAUGCCGAAAGGUGCCUAUCACACAACACCAGAGUUGGAACAUAAACUCGAAAAGGUGCAGGAUCCUAUGCGGGACGUGCAUGAUUCAGAUCAAGAUUUGAGCGAUGGAGAACUCACCCGCGUCCGAAGUCAUCGUGCCGACCAUCGUCAAGCGAAGUUGGAUCGUCUGGAGCGUCUUGUUGGAGACGAGGACCACAGGGAAGAGAGAGCCCAGCUCGAGGAAGAGCGGCAUGUGGCUAGUGGCAUCUGGGGUGUGCUUCACGGCUUGCCUGCACAUAAGCAGAUGCUCACUCCAUGGUUCAUCCUAAUUCUUCUUCUGACUGUCCUUCAGAUGCUGAGGAUGAAUUACUUCAUCGCUACUAUCCGUUCCCAGUAUCGUUUCAUGCUGGGCACUGAGGAGUACGCCGAGGCUAUUAACGACUUCUUUGAUAUUGCACUACCGGUUGGUGGCAUCAUUGCGACACCUUUCAUUGGCGCAUUGCUAAACAACAUGAGCGUCGCUACAGUGCUUGCGGUCUUGACGGGAUAUAUUGCAGUCAUUGGCGUUCUCAACUGCCUCCCGUUCGUUUGGGCGGGCUAUGCCACCGUCAUUGCCUUUGUCUUGUUCCGGCCGCUUUACUACUCGGCCAUUUCGGAUUAUGCGACCAAGGUCUUUGGAUUCGCAACUUUUGGCCGCGUGUACGGAAUGAUCACCUGUCUUAGCGGGCUGGUGAAUUUCAGUCAGUCCGGUUUAGACGCUCUGACACAUGGGCCUCUUAAAGGUGAUCCCACUCCCAUCAACGCUGCAAUGGCCGUUGGAGGAACAGCAAUCGGCAUUGCACUCACCGGCUACGUCUAUAUCAAGGCCAGAAACUUUGAAGUCGAAGUUCGUCAAGAGGAUGCGCGCCAGGAGAAUGCACGCCAGGAACGCAUGGCUUUGAUUCGGGAGGACACUGCCGAAUAUGGAACUUUGAGCUGA